AUGCCGCGCCAGCCGAAGAAAGCUGCUCAGCCAGUGAGCAAGCCCACGGAUAAUGGUGUUCGCGAGUCCGCGUCCACGAGUCACCAUUUGGAGCCAGCGACGCCUCGUCCGAUGCUGAAGGAAGUGGGAGGCCCUUUCGCGGAUGAAACGCGCAUCUCGCUGGUGAAGAAGUUGAAUGAUUUGAAGUUCUCGUCCCUGGAGGAUCGCACUGCGGAGGGGUCUACUGAAGCAGGGGAGGAGAAGAAGAACACGGAUGAGGUGUCGUCCCCGGCCGUAGCUUUAGAGGUUCCUGCUGAAGGGGAAGAAGAAGAGGAGGAUGAGGAUGACGGGUACCUCAGUGAUGACCCGGAGGAACGUUUUGACCCCGUGAAGGCGGGGGAGAUCGCCGCGCGUGCUGGCUUUUCAAUCACGCUGCUGAUCCCGAUCAAGUACGAAGAGGAGGUGGAGCGGACUAUUGACACGGUUAAGGGUCUGCUGGCGCUCUGGAGAAAGUAUAUGUCGGCGCAUGUGCUGACAACGACGAAGUGUCAAGUGCUCUUACCGGCGUGGUUGUCAAAGAAGCGUUACGGACGGCUGCAAGUUACCUUUCAGCAGGCGUCGGACGCGAACUACGCGUGGUGCCGCAGGGUUGAGCACAAGAUGUUGAACGGUGUUGGCAUCACCCUUGACUGGCAGCACCCAGAAAACCCGCUGUACAUCAUGGAACGCGCGAAGCACCCAGACUCGGUCGAAGUGCUCCUAAAGAGUGUGCCUGCCGCCAUAACGCCGGAGAUGGUUUAUGAGUACCUGGUGACGGCGGUGCUGGAGAAGCGUGGCAGAACCCCCUUCUUGAGUGGUUCGGCUUUCCACCGGGUGGUUGAUCCGGUUACUGGUGCGGACACAGACAAGAUCAGGGGCUUGGUCAAAGGCCACCCGGGGGAUAAGUAUCGCUGGUGGCACCUGCUGACUGACUCGGUGCACCACAGGCAGCUUCUUGUCCAUUUUCCAUCGCUUUCCUGUGAUUUCUGCAACGGCAUGCACAUGACAAAGUUCCAUGAUGAUUAUGUUACGGAACGUCAGGAGAAUAUCGGAAAGUGGAAUCUGACGCUGGAGCGACUGCAUGCGAUUAAUGCUGCGUCCCUUCCACUCGACGCUCGUGUGAAGAAGAUUCUGCGCGACCCCGCCUUGGUGCUGAUCUCCACGGGGGGAAGCCGGGAAGACUGGCUGUGUGUCCAGGAGGCGUGUGGGAAGGUGCACGGCUCCAGUUUCUCCCAGGCGUUGGUGCAUGUGAAAUCGGUCCAGCACUGCACCGCGCUUCUGCAAGGGGGUUCGGCAAGCAGGAGAAGCCGGGGGAAGAUGAAUUUGAUCCCGGUCCGCAAGGAGUUUGGGCUGCAGAAGUGA